GUGAGCAUCAUGCGGUCCAGUCAGAUGGAUGCGGCGCGGCUGGACGAGGAGCUGAGCAGCAUGCUGCGGGAGCAGUUCCUGCGCGCCUUCUCCCUCUUCCGCCCCGCCGCCGUCGCACGCCUGCAGCCCGAGCUCACGCUGCUGCUCGACUUCUUGAUCUUCCGCUUCUCCAUCUGGGAGGGACGCCCGCUGCCAGGCAUGUCGCUGAUGAACCUGCGGUACCGCAAUGAAGCCGCACCGGCCUGCCUGGCGGGCGGGCACAGCGGGGUGGAGGGGCCGGGGCUGAGCGCGGGGCAGCGCAGCCUGUACUGCCUGGGCACUGUAGUGCUGCGGUACGCCUGGGCCCGCACCACGCACCACGCCGCGGCGCAGCACUGGGGCGACGCUGGCGGCACGGUGUGGCGGCGGCGUGGCUGGGACCUGCUGCGGCGGGCAGAGUCGGGAUACCGCCUCGCCUCGCUGCUCAACUUCCUCGCCUUCCUUCGUACGGGACGGUACAGGAGCCUGCUGGAGCGGGUGCUGCGGGCGCGGCUGGUGUACCAGCAGCCCUCUGCGGCGCGGGCCAUCAGCUUUGAGUACCUCAACCGCCAGUUGGUGUGGAGCGAGCUCAGCGAGCUGCUGCUCUUCCUGCUGCCGCUGGUGAAUGUCAAAGCCAUCAAGCACGCCCUGCGCAGCUACUUGCCCCGCCUGCCCAUGCUGGCAGGUGCCGGCGGGGCACUGGCGCUGGCUCCCGGCGGGCAGCAGGACCAGGGCAGCGGCCAGCAGCAGCAGUGCGGAAUCUGCAGUACGGUCGACAUUCUGGCGCCGUAUGCGGCGGUACCAUGCGGCCACCGCUUCUGCUACUACUGCCUGCGCUCCCACUGCCUGGCAGAUGCGCAGUACAGCUGCCCGCUGUGCCUGCGCCGGGUGGAUGCCAUGCGCCAGCUGGGCCCCCCUAGGGCGGCGGGCAGCGGUGGCAGCGGCAGCGCUACCGGCGGCGGCGGGGACGCCGGCGGCGGCGGCCCUGGCGGGGACAGCGAGGCAAAGGUGCUCGCCAGGAAUGAGCUGUCGCUGGCGGGGUGGCUGGCAGAGCGGCAUCCCAGCUCCCUCCCCUGAUGCGCUGUUGGGCGGGUGCCGUCUGGUGUGCGUGCAUGCGUUUACAUAACCUGGACGCACUUGCACAGCGACAGGAACACGGAAUGCCAAUGCCACAAGGAAGCCCAUCAGCCGGGCACAGCACCAAGUACGAAGAAUUGUGUAGUAACAUGGCUGC